CCAGUAUGUGCCUGGCCGUUCGACGUCGCCGGUUAAUCGACGAGGAAAAGAGAAAAAUAGAGACAGAUAUAGAGAUAAAGAUAGAGAUAGAGAAAGAGAGAGAGAGAGAGAGAGAGAAGAGAGGAAAAAAAAUAGAAACAAAAAGAGAGAGAGAGAGAGGGAGGGAGGGAGGGAGAGGGAGACAAUAGAAUCAAUAACGAUAAACUGGUAACGAGUCUACCAAGAAAGAUUAAGAUCGGAUUUUACUUGGAUGCUGUCCUUAUCUUCAGUGCAAUGGACCAACAAAAUCGACCUCGAUCUUCACGUCUAAGGAUGCUACGAACUAUGACGGAAGAUUGGCGAUAAGAAGGCGGAGCCAAAGAAACGAAAAGAAUUCUCCAGGGAAUAGGACUCGAGUGACAUCGAGUUUUUUUCAGGAUAUAAUUAAUAUCUUGAAAUUAGAAUUAUUUCUCUCUUUCUCUCUCUCUCUCUCUCUCUCUCUCUCUCUUCCUUUUAUUUUUUUGUUUGUUCUUAUUUAUAGUUUUUAUUAUCGUGGAUGGGUAAGAAAUAUUAGGGAAAGAUUUAUGCAAAUAUGUAUUUAUAUGUGUACGUGUUGUACAUCGGCCAUAGUGGCUUUAAAUGUCUUGCAAGGAAAGGAGUGCGAACGCGAUGAAACGUGAUAUGUAAUAAUACUCUGCUUUCUCUCUCUCUCUCUCCUUCUCUCUCCCUCUCUCCCUCCCUCUCUCUUUUUUCUAUUUUUUUUGUUACAUUUUUUUUAUUAUUAUUACUCUCUCACUUACUCGUUUCGAACGAUGCGAUUCCUUAAAUCGUAAUAUUACGCUUCUAAACACGGUUGGAAACUAGGAUGCAUGACCGAUCGAAUGCUACUCGCUUCUUCUUUUUCUCCUUCUUUUUUUUUUACUUCCCCCUUUCCUAUAAGAAAAAAGAGGGGGGAGAGAGAGAGAGAGAGAGAGAGAGAGAGAGAGAGAGAGAGAGAGAGAGAGAAAGAGAAAUUUCGAGCAAGAAUUAUGAAAGUAUUCGAGAACGUAAGAUUCUUGAUAGAUAAGGAAAAGUUUCUACGAUCUAUGAUUUUUCAACGAUGCGGAUAAUUCUGGUCCAUUGGGAAAUAUUCGAUAAUGAAUGAAUUAAAUGAUUUAUAAUUAAAAUUUUUCUCUUUUUAUUUGUGUGCUGACUGCAAUGUUCUUUAAAAACAAAAAUAAAAAAAAUGUUGAAUGAUAUAUUUUUUUCGCGUGUUUGCAAUUCUUCGAUCAAUUGAUCUAUACAAAAAAGAAAUUUUAUUCUUGUCGUAGCUUGAAGAUAUAUAUAUAUAUAUAUAUAUAUACACACAUAGGUAUAUACUUGUCCUGGUUUACGGACAGUAGAAGACAGCGAGUAAAUUCCUUUGCUGUAAAUACCUGUUCAGCUUUUUCCGAAUAUAUGAAUUAAAGCUCGUGGAUCAACGAUCGAUCGAUCGUGAGAAAUAUCAAGACUUCAUUUUGGAACUGAACUUUUUAAAUUUCAUAAGAAGAAGUUGACUAAUGACAAAACAAUGAACGUCUUAAAUUAAAGAAUAUAAUUGAAGAAUUUAAAAUUUAACAAGGUUUUCUAUCAAUAUUUCAAAGAUGAAUGCGUUUGUUGGAAUGUGCGUUGCCAACGAGUGGAAUCGUCAAGGCACCGUUUUACGAUGCCAGGAAAAGCCGAGAAUGAACGUAAAGAUAAGCAAAACGAAGAAUGGAAUGGACUCGUUACCACCACCACAUAAGAUCUUUAUGGUCCUACGUGGUAUCCUGACACCUGCGACUGCUCGACUUAUUCGGAAUAAAUUAUCCAAAAGGACUCGAGAAAGUAAUAACAACAACGGUACUCCAGUAGGACAAUUAGGGUCGACGCGUCAUGGACCUCAGCUGAUGAGCCUGCUUCGUUUAUGCACCACUGUGCAUCACCACCACCAUCACCAACAACAACAACAACAACAACAGUCUUCCCAGUGCGGUAUUUUGCAUUCCGACAAAAUAUUUCCGAACCCGUCGUCGGAACUUUAUCAGGAGGAGAGGAUAAAUUCGUCUCAGGAAAUUCCUAUUGACGAGCUGGCUUUACUAGCUAAGCUGGAGGAAGCCAAUAGGCUCAUCGAGUCGGAUGCAAAGUCGCUUAACUCUCUUCAGAGUAAUCAUAGUAGGAAAGGUUCGGACACAUCGCAGGUGUCCGUGGCGUCGGGGGGUAGCGGAGGUAACGGAGAUGCCGCACCCCGACGCCACACGACUGCUGAUGGUGAAGAGAACACCUGGAGUUUGUGGGGUCACAUAGUUUCCGAUUGGGAUUAUCAUUGGAAGAAGAGAAAAGAUUUUGUCAAAGAAUUAGUCCGACAGGGUAUACCCCAUCACUUCAGGGGUAUCGUCUGGCAAUUGUUGAGCGGCGCACACGAUUCUCCUGUAAAAAAACAGUUCGCAGAAUAUAUCAAAGCAACGUCAGCCUGCGAGAGGAUUAUCAGGAGAGAUAUAGCGAGAACAUAUCCUGAGCAUGACUUUUUUAAGGAAAAAGAUGGUCUUGGUCAGGAGAGUUUGUUUAAUGUUAUGAAAGCGUAUAGUCUUCAUGAUCGCGAAGUGGGUUACUGCCAAGGUUCGGGAUUCAUUGUAGGAUUGCUUCUUAUGCAGCAAAUGCCAGAGGAAGAAGCUUUUGCAGUAUUAGUAGCGCUUAUGCAAGAGUAUCGUUUGCGAGAUAUGUUUAAGCCGAGUAUGGCAGAAUUAGGGGUGUGCAUGUAUCAAUUAGAACAUUUAGUCGCCGAUACGCAUCCCGAACUACACGCUCAUUUCACGGCUCAAGGUUUUCAUACUUCGAUGUACGCCUCCUCUUGGUUUCUCACGCUGUUCACCACGGCACUGGGACUACCCCUCGCCUGUCGUAUCUUUGAUGUAUUCCUAUCCGAAGGAAUGGAGAUAAUCUUCAAAGUUGCGCUGGCUAUGUUGCAUUUAGGAAAGGAGGAUUUACUAAGUUUGGAUAUGGAGGGCAUGUUGAAGUUUUUCCAGAAACAAUUACCGAGCAAAGCUGAGAAAGAUCCGGACGUACUUAUGAAUCUGGCAUACAGCAUGAAAAUAAAUCCAAAGAGGAUGAAGAAGCUGGAGAAGGAUUAUACCGUACUCAAGAUGAAGGAGCAAGAAGAGAUGGUAGAAUUACGGAGACUCAGGGCGGAAAAUAGAUUACUCAGGCAAAGAACUGAACUUUUAGAGGCCGAAUCUGCUGAGCUCGCCGACAGAUUAGUGAGAGGUCAAGUUUCUCGUGCGGAAGAAGAGGAAACUGCGUUUGUAGUGCAAAGGGAAUUGGCUGCCCUUCGACACACGCAUCUUGAGACCAGUCAUCAGCUCGAACAAGCCCACGAUGAACUCAGAUCGUUGUCUCUUCUUUUAGAGGAAAACGUGAACUCGCGACAAUCGUCGCUCGACGAGAUCCUGUUGAAGCAGGAAGCUUUAUCGCAAAAGGAGGAACUGAUACAGUGCCUACAAGAGGAAUUGGUUAGGGUCAGACUAAGCGAGGCUGAAAAUGGUGUAACGAUCAGGGAACUUAGGGCCAGAAUACAGGAAUUGGAACAAGACAAAAAGACUUUACGCGAAUCAACACCUGAUAAUUCUGUUGCUCAUCUGCAGGAAGAACUGAUUGCUGUUAAACUCAGAGAGGCAGAAGCGAAUCUCUCUUUGAAGGAUCUCCGACAAAGGGUUAUAGAAUUGAGUGCUGCGUGGCAAAGGCAUCUACAGGAGCAUAGAUCUGCUCAAUCCGCUCCAGCAGCGGAUUCAACACCGAAAAAGUUACUUUUUUGGGAAAAUAGAGGUCACGAAGUACAAAAGUACGAGGAAGAUCUGAUGACCACCAGAAUUCGAGAGAUGGAAGCUCUUACUGAGGUCAAAGAACUUAGGCUUAAGGUCAUGGAACUCGAAACUCAAGUACAGGUCGCUACAAAUCAAUUGCGUAGGCAAGAUGAAAAUGGGAAAGUACUUAAGGAAGAAUUGGAGAAUGCACGUGCUGCGGAAAAAGUUCUCGCUGCCAAGUUGCGAGAUGAACAGCGUAAGUACGCCGAUUUGGAAUCGAAAAUAAAAGAUGAGACAAUGAUGGCUAGGAUACGUGAUGCUGAACAUGCUCAACAAGUUGCCGAGCUCACGCAGAAAAUUUCUUUGCUCGAAUUAAAGAACGAAGAAAUGCAUGCGGAAGGUGAGCUAAGAAAUAAUUUAGAUGACAGUGAGAGAGUAAGAGAACUCCAAGAUAAAGUUGCGGAACUAAAAGCAGAGGUCAUGAGGUUAGAAAGUUGGAAACAACGUUGGACCGGCCAUGGUGAUCAUCAACCCGUUCGAAGUUUUAGCAUCGACACUGAGAGUGAGUUAGACGAGCGGGAUCUGAGGAUUUGUUUACCAGAUCAUAUCAACACGACCACUCCAAACUCACCCGAGAUUGUUGAAACUGAGACCGAACGAGGUAAUCGGGAGUACUUGUAAAAAAGAAAAGAAAAGAACAGAAAAUAUGAUUAUUGCCCGGGUAACUCGUUCCUUAACAGUGACCUUCCUAGGAUGUGAUAGUAACUUCUGACGUAAGUAAAUCGCGUUUUGAGAAAGCAGAAGCAUAACGAAAAGCUAUAACAAAAAAAAAGAAUAGAAAAUAAGAAAAAAAUAAGCUGCUGCUUUGUCUUUUUUAUUAACAAAAUUUCAUUUUAGCCUACAUACGUAAUAGGUGUUAUGUACACAUAUAUAUAUAUAUAUAUAUAUAUAUAUAUAUAUAUAUACAUACAUACAUAUACAUAUAUAUUUAUAUUUAUAUUUAUAUUUAUAUUUAUAUUUAUAUUUAUAUUCAUAAGAUACAUAUUUCACGACGUUUACGUCGAUUUUUUCUUCGCUUUGGCCUAAUAUCUUAUACGUCCAUCAUUUCUUUUUCUUUGUAUUUUUCUUUUUUUUUUAUUUCUUCACGUUUGUAAAUACGUAAUUGUCUUAAAUAUGAAACAUUUCUGCGAACACUGUAGAGAAAGCGAAUUUGCACUGAUUCACGAAAAUUAGAAUUUAUUGAUAGAAUUUAUUAUUAUUUUUAUUCUUCCUCUUAUUAUUAUUAUUAUUAUUAUUAUUAUUAUUAUUAUUAUUAUCAUCAUCAUCAUUAUUAUUGUUAUUAUUAUUAUUAUUCGCUUUCGUGCAUGUGUGCGUGUGAAAUUUGCAUGCAUGUGCGGUGUCUUUGUUCGAGCGAGCACGACACACUAAUAACAUGUUUAUGAAAAUAAUUUUUUUAAUUAUUAUUUUUUUCUUAAACUUAUUGCUUUUUGCAAUAGGUUCAAAUAGCACGUAAGAAUGUCUUAAUUAAUGAAAUUGAAGAUUUUUUAACUGUUCGAUACAGGCUAAUCUUGGGAUUUACAAUAAUAAAAAAAAGAUUUGUCGAUUUUUGUCUCGAAGAGAGUAGGUAUAUGUAUAGAAAGAAAAUCAUCAAAUUGUUAUUCAUCUA